AUGGUGACCUGCCCUCAGAAUAAUAUUUCCAUGGAGUGCAUUUCCAAUGAGCCCUGUCGUGAAGUGUACAUUGCUGAGCAGCGAGUUGCAAAGAAAGCAAGUUUCUUUGUAGCUUCUAUUUGCAAUCUAGAAAUAGUUGAUGCUAACUAUGGUGCGGCAGCAAAGAUGAGUGGAGAGUGUUCUAUGAUAAGGGAGAAGUAUUUGGUUUUGAAGGGUCAUCUAGAGUGCUUGGCGAGCAGUUCAAAACAAGCUGAUUCUGUUAAUGGAUUAGGUAACGAUGUAUGUGUGACGCCGACUGAUGAAGAAAAUCAAAUUCAAGUUUUAUCUCUCCCACCAAGUCUUCCAGCUAAGCGCAGGAUUGAUAGGAGUGAGUCAUCGACCAGUGGUGUGGGAAUCCAGGUGCUUGACAACCUUGUUGGUGGUCUGUCUGAUUUAGAGGCUGUCUAUAAGUGUGCUAGGCCUGUCUUUACUGGAUGUUCAGUGUGUUGCUACACAUUCUCGACAAAAUUCUACCUCGGACCGACAGAAGAGUAUGCAGGACCUACCGACGUCGCAGCUAAACAGUGCUGUGCUGCAUUUAGUAGCAUCUUAGUGGUAAGAUGCCAUAGUAAGACGAUAUUUGUUGCAUGCAGUGGAACAGACUCAAGAAUACCUCUUUCUUCUAAAAAGAAGACUAAACAAACUCAUGUAGAAGAAAAUAGAGUAGGUUGUUUCCAUGAAAUAAGAGAAGAUGUGGUUAGCAUUCUCAUGCAGGUAUCUGAAAAGAAUCCGUAUGCUAUUUUCUUUCGGUCUUUACGCGACAGGGUUAUACAUGUAGACACAACAAUUGUUCUUAAUCGAAAUUCAGUGCUUGAUCAGCGUGUUUAUAACGCUCCUGCUGUGGAUGAUGUUGCUGUAAUCUGGCCAGAAAAUUAUUCGUCUAGCGAAAGCUUGGGCCCUCAUAAAUUAGUCACAGGAAAAUCGGACAAAUCUCACCGAAUUUAUCAUAGUUAUGGUUGCUAUGAUCCCCUUCAAUAUCCGUUGUUAUUUCCUCGAGGAGAAUGUGGCUGGACUCAAGGCCUUAAAAAAAAUUCUCAUCCAAGUAGGAGAACAGCAGAUUCGAUUCCUGAUCCUAUAAUCUCCUGUGCUGUGCAUACUGCAGAAGAUUUAUUAACUCAGGAAGAAGCCCGUUCGAAGCGGGAAAAUACUAAAGCAGACAAGUUUAUUUCUACUAGGGAAUACUAUGCAUACAAGCUGCAAAUCCGCCCGAACAACAUGCUGCUGCGAGUAGUUAGAUGCUUUCAGCAAUACAUAGUGGAUAUGUAUGUGAAGAUUGAAAAUACCAGGCUUGAUUACUUCAGAAACAACCAAGAAACAAUAAGGGCUGAUUUGUAUAAAGGUAUAUUGGAUUCACUAGAUUCUGGGGAAACUUUUGGUCAGAAUGUUGGUCGGAGAGUUAUAUUACCUCCUACCUAUAUCGGCGGUCCUCGGGAUAUGAAGAAGAGGUACUUAAAUGCUAUGGCUUUAGUACAGCGGUUAGAUAAACUAGAUCUUUUUUUGACGAUUACGUGUAAUGCUAAUUGGCCUGAAAUCAAGGCCGAGCUGGUGACUGGUGAGACGGCACAAGAUAGGCCAGACUUUGUUGCUAGAAUUUUUAGAGCGAAGCUGCUUGCGCUGAAAAAGGAAAUUAUGGAGAAGAAAGUAUUUGGAGAGGUUGCUGCAAUGGUAUAUGUUGUCGAGUUCCAGAAAAAAGGCUUGCCGUAUGCUCAUUUCUUAAUUGUUUUAAAACCUGAGUACAAGCUCAAGUCUCCUGCUGACUAUGACAGAUUUGUUUGUGCUGAAAUAGCUGCUGAGACUAAUGUUACGUUGAGAAGAAUUGUGUUGGCCCACAUGAUGCAUGGUCCUUGUGGUAUAUUGAAUCCUGAAUGCCCACGUAUGCGGAAGAAUGGCCUAAAGCUCAGCUGUAAGAACAAGUAUCCUAAGCAGUUUUGCAAUGAAACAACUAACAAUAAGGAUGGUUAUCCUAUCUAUUGUCGGAGAGAAACUGGGGAAAAGGUAACAAUAAGAAAUGCAGAAUUAGAUAACCAGUGGGUUAUCCCUUACAAUUCUUAUCUUUCUUUUCUGUUCGAUUGUCACUUGAACGUCGAAAUGAGAUUCAGCAGUACCAAUCAGGUUCAUUUGCCUGAUAUGCAGACUGUCCAUGUUUUCCCUCAUGAAAGGCUCCAUGCUGUUGUUUCAGAUUCAAAACGGUCAAGAACUCAAUUAACUGAAUUUUUUGCAACGAAUGCUGCUUCCGAACUUGGGCUAGGAUAUUUGUAUGGAGUCCUAAAUCGUUUGAGGAUUUACGGACUGUCAACGGUUGUGGUGUAUCCAACUUUUCAAGAAGCUGCUCUGAAGCUUGGUCUUAUAGAAGAUGAUGAUGCAGCUAAUUUAACUAUGUAUGAAGCGUGUGAAACUCAUAUGCCUGCUGCUUUACGCUGCCUUUUUGCCACAGUGCUGAUGUUUUGUCACCCACGUGAUCCUGUUGCUUUAUGGAAUGGCUAUUAUAAUUUUCUUGCUGAAGAUUUUUCCCACAAAUUUCCGAAUCAAAUGGUGAGAAUACAGCAGCUUACUGUCAGAUCAGUGGAGCAAUAUCUUGAAGCAAUGGGCAAAUCUCUUUCUUUUUUUUUUUUUGGUUUGGACCAAUUAAUUUCUCAAGUUAGUGAUGAGUUCAGGCGUACUAAAGAUAUUGUUGAUGCUCUUGAUGCACCAAUCCUAGAGGAAUGUUUAAGUUGUCGUUCAAAGCUCAACGUUGCACAAAAUGCUGCGUUGGAGUAUAUUAUGGAUCAUGUAAUGCAACAAAAAGGGGGCGCGUUCUUUGUUGAUGGUCCUGGAGGUACAGGUAAGACUUUUCUUUACAAUGCUCUAUAUGUAGAAAUAAGACGAAUGAACAAGAUUGUAUUACCUACGGCUACUUCAGACAUUGCUGCAGCAAAUAUUCCUUCUGGUCAAACCGCUCAUUCUCGAUUCAAGAUUCCGAUUGAUAGCGAUAGUUCAUUGGUGUGCGAUGUCCCAAAGCAAGGUAGCUUAGCAGCACUAUUGAAAGAAACUACACUGAUUACAUGGGAUGAGGCUUCUAUGGCUAAAAAGAAAAAUCUAGCAUAUUUAGACCUUCUCCUGCAGGAUGUAUGUGGGAAUAAGGACAUAUUUGGAGGAAAGGUUGUCGUCUUUGGAGGGGAUUUUAGGCAAUUUUUUCCAGUAGUUCCUCGGAAAACUAUGAAAGAAGCAGUAGAAGCAAGCAUUUUUACUUCUUACCUGUGGACAAAGUUAAUCAAAUUUAGGCUAACAGAAAAUAUUAGAGCAAAAGAAGAUCUAGCCUAUGCUGAUUUUUUGCUUGCUUUAGGCAAUGGCAAGUUGCAGCAAACAGAAAAUGCUUUCGUUGAGUUGCCAGAACAGAUUGUUGAAUCUACUAGCAAUGCCACAUAA